AUGCGUGAGGCCCGAGAGUCUAAACUAGGCUCCAACACCUCGCUAUUACGAACCUUUAAGUACACCACCGUUGCCGGCCUCGUCAUCCAUAUCUCAGCGUGUGGCUGGUAUGCGUUAGCCUGCGAUGGCUGGCAUGAUUCUCUACCUAAUACAUGCCACAACGAUAGCUGGGCCCUGAGCUUUGACCUUGGUGCCGAUAUCAGAAAUAUCAGUGCUGGAGAGUCCUACGUUAUCGCUUUAUAUUGGUCCGUGGCUACUGCAACAUCAACAGGGUAUGGAGAUAUUAGCGCAGUGAACGCCAGGGAGAAAUGGUUCUCCAUUUUCGCCAUGCUGUUCGGUGAGGGCGUCUUCUUUGGCAUGAUCCUGGGCGGGAUGGCGUCCAUGCUGACCAACUUUGACGCACAGAGGGCGCGCUAUACACAUCGCUUCAACGUCAUCAAGCAAAGUUUGAGGGAUGAAAUAGUGACAGAAGAUCUGCAGAAGCAAGUGGUGGGCUACUACGAGUACCUGUGGUUUCGCAAGAAGGGCGUCACAGACGACAGUCUCAUCAACGCCAUGCCUCUAACCUUUCACGCAGAAGUAUCACUGAGUGGCAAUAAGUACAUCUUGGAUAAGGCACCGAUGUUCAAGGGAAUGAGCGAAGGGUUUAUGCGCAUGCUCUCUCUGGAGAUCAAACCGUCCCUGUAUCUGCCGGGCCAAAUUAUCGCCAUCCGGAACGAGAUCUGCCACAACAUGUACUUCAUCCAGAGGGGGGAAGUAGAGGUCCUAUCAGCAGAAGAUGACGAUACACCCAUCAUUUCUCUCAGACAUGGCAAGCUCUUCGGAGAGGUCAGUCUUGUAUUCAGCAUGCCCAGGACUAACAGCAUCCGGGCAGCAGCUCACUGUGACCUCAUGGUCCUGGACAAAGCGGACUUGCAGAACGUCCUGCACCACUACCCGGAAGUUGCCAGGAAGUUGCAACGCAUCGCAGAGGAGCGGUGCGAUGCCGCGGGUCGAUUGGAAGAGAGAGUUCGUGCGGGUGAGGGGAUCAUUCCUGCCUCCAAGAGCCUACGACGAUUAUCUCAUGUCAGUACCCACUCACCAAGACAUUCAGUUACACAAGCCAACAUGAGACAUGACCAGUUUGGCAAGAAAUCCAUGGAAGCGUUUGAUAUAGAGGAACUAGUCAGUGUACACCACGGCUCGUGUGCAGCACAAAGCCCGAUAAGGAUAGGGCAACCGAGGGUCCAUCGUCAGCUUGGUCAGUGGUGGGAGGAUUUCUGGGAGUUGAUUACUGAGACCGUGGUCAUGCCGGGCUCACGCUUUGCUAAGUUGUGGGAACGAGGUGUGUUGGCCAUCACAUUGCUGAUAUCCGUGCUGUAUCCCUACUGCGCUAGCUUCAUCGCAAACAGUGGGGCCAGGCAAGCACCAAAUGUGGACAUAAACGAUUAUGCCGAUGACGGCUAUUCUGGUAAUCUCGUGCUGAUGACACUCAUGUACAUCAUGGACUUUGUGCUGCUCUUUGACAUCAUUGUCAGACUCAGGACGGCCGUGUCAACUCCAAACGGCACGUACAAAGACUUCAAGAGUAUCCGCGACCACUACGUCAGAAGUCUGGGCUUUGUUCUGGACGUCGUUGCCAUUCUGCCGUUAGAUUUCUUCUCACUCCUUGUACCUCAGGGCGGGGCACGGGACAACGCCUUGUACUUCCUAUCCCUGAAUAGACUAGUCAAAGCGUGGAGGAUGCCCAACUAUUUCAAGAACUUGGAGAAAGACUUGGACGUGAACAUCGCCACUAUCCGAUUCUUCAAGUUCUUCAUCUACAUCGCUUUGCUGUCGCAUUGGAGCUCUUGUCUUUGGUAUCUAGUAACUUGUGACACAGGAGCCUGUCAGAUGGAUAUGAAGACAUCGGACGCAGAUUUUGUGUUUAACGUUAAGGGCGCCAGUCCUAAGCAAGCUCAGAGUCCUAAGGUCCCGACUACAGACGUCCCCAUGUCUGGCACCACUCCUUCACCGUUUGACGAGUACAUUACUGCGCUGUACUGGGCCGCGGCUACCAUGACCAGUACCGGCUACGGCGACAUCAGUGCGCAUACAACCAUCGGCCGCGCUAUCGCGCUGGGCGCCAUGUUGAUUGGACUGCUUCUGUAUGGUUACUGCCUGUCGUCAAUUGCUGCUACGCUGGCCAACGCUGAUGCGCCAAGAGUGAACUUCCAGGAGAAACUGUUUGCUGUUCAAGAGUUCAUGAAAGAUCACAACUUGAAGUUGAACCUCCAGCAUCGAGUGGUCAAGUAUCUUGGCCUGGUGUUCAGAAGACACAGGGGUGAGGUCAUGCCCGGUGGCAUGCGUCUCAUGCAUGAUAUGCCCAUACAGCUACAGCAGGAGAUUGCGUAUGAAGACGCCCAAGAGACGCUAGGCCAGGUACCCCUGUUCAAGGAUUGCGACGCUGCGUUCCUGCGCAUGCUGGCUUUGAAGACUCACGCAUAUCUCUUCACACCCGGUGACAUGAUCGUAUACGAAGGCGACAUGGGGCGAGAGAUGUAUUUCAUUCGCAGGGGAACUUGUGAGAUUCUUUCCAAGGACUUGACAAGAGUGACAAGCACCAUAGGACCCGGUCAGUAUUUUGGCGAAGUCGGUCUGAUCUUUGGUGAUUACCGUACAGCUACGGUACGAGCCGCGUCGUACUGCGAACUGCUCAUGCUCAAACGAUCGGAUCUGGACGAAGUCCUGCAUCAUUUUCCUCUCAUUGCAAACGGGUUGGAGGCAACCGUCGCCCAUCGGGACAAGGAUCGUAAGGAGAAGCAGGAACGCAACGAACGGCAAUUCAAAGAAGCAGCUGAAGAUGAAGAACAUUUGAAGGAAUUACGCAAUGCCUCGCGACGCCAGCAUGAAUUGGAUGUCAUUAGAGACACUGAUGAUCUUCAGACUGAUAACUCAGUGGAGGCAACAUCCCACCAACCAACGGACGCUUCUGUCAAAGUCUUUGAUAAAAGUUCUGAAGAUUACACUGAGCCUCUCAGUCAGCUAAGUCUUGUAGGCAGACUGUUCUCCAAGCUGCUUAUGAGCCGUGCGUUGCUACCUAGUGGCACGUGGUUCAAGCGCUGGGAAGCAGUCCGUGUCGCCGUGGCGAUCAUCAUGGCGUUCACCGUCACGCUACAAGCGUCCUUCUCCCACAUGGAUGUUGCAUUAUGGGUCAUCAAUUAUUCGCUGGAUCUGAUCUGCUACGUUGACAUGUAUUUGAAAUUCCACACAGCGUUUUACAACGAGAACAACGUCCUCGUAACACAUCCGCUCUCCACAGCCAAACAUUACUUCAAGACCAACUUUCUGAUUGACUUGGUAGCAUGCUUCCCUGCUGAACUCAUUGGAUAUGCAGUACUACGAACUUUCUCCCCUGAUGCUAUCCAUGUUUAUGCCGUGCUCAGGCUGAAUCGAUUCCUACAGAUGUACAGAGUGCCACUUGCUUUCAAUUACCUGGAAUCUGGUGUGGAAAAUGAGACGGGAAAUAUCAGGAUGUUGAAGUUCUUCUUCUACCUCGGGCUGUUCUUCCAUAUCAUGGCGUGUCUGUGGUACAUGAACGCCUGCUUGCCCAUCUUCAGUGCAAAUCCUACGGCCCAGGACCUUGCCGGGUUGAUUUCGACCAACGAUCACUUCUGUAAAAACAACUCCUGGACCAGUGCGGUGGACUUACAUUUCUACACUCGGCCUUUGAGUUCGCAAUACAUAGUCAGCUUAUACUGGGCAUCCGCUACUGGGGCAUCGGUCGGAUAUGGUGAUAUUCACGCCAAGAAUGUAUCGGAGAUGGUACUUGCUUUGCUGUCUAUGAUCUUUGGAAUUGUCUUCUUCGGAUACGUCAUUGCUAGCGUCGCUGCUAGCUUGGCCAACGCCGACUCACAACGUGCACGCUAUCAGGAGAAACUCACCGCAAUACAGGACUACCUCAAGGAUCAGCAGAUAAAGCGUUCGUUGGAGCAACGUGUCAGGACCUACUAUGACUACCGCUGGCUGCGAACCAAAGGCGUAGACCCUAACUCGCUGUUUGACGGACUUCCUCUGUCCCUCAAAGCGGAGGUCGCGUUGGACCUCUACCAAGAUAUGAUGAACAAGGUACCGUUGUUCCAGAACACGGAAGUUGGUUUUCAGAAGAUGUUGGCAAUGUGUAUGACACCGGUUUACAUGCUCAGCAAAGAGUACGUCGUCCGGAAGUUUGACUUUGGAAAAGAAAUGUUCUUCAUUCAUCGCGGUACUGUGGAGGUUGUAUCUGAGGAUGGAAGCACGGUCUUCGAUACCAUGAACGCUGGUCGGUUCUUUGGAGAGAUUAGUCUAGUCUUCAGCUGCUCAAGAACUGCAUCUAUCAGGGCCCAGACCAACUGCGACAUGUUUGUAUUGACCAAAGAAAACCUGGAUGAAGUAUUAACUCACUACCCAUCCAUCAAAGAACAGAUUAAUCGAGUAGCUGAGGAACGAAUCAACGCUGUACGCAAACGCAGCAACGCCAAAGUAGGAGUGGCCGGCAACAAAUCAAGUAAUAAUAAUAACAACCCAAGCAAUAACCCAAACGAAAGUACCAGUACUUCCAGCAAUAAUAACGACGCAAACAACGAAGCCAGCAACGACGCCGCGACGGCCGAAAACACGGCCAAGAACGCUGCCAAGAGCCAGCCCGCGGACUCGAAGGCGGACGGCAAAAACGAAAACCAGAAUAACGACAAGGAUGCGGAGAAGACGACUGAGACCGGCAACGACAAGGACAAGAAGAAGAAAUCGCAGAACGGGAGAGCGCCGGGGGCUGCAUCUUCCUCGGAGCCAGAGGAUGCGUCCCGUCCGGAGCUCGGCAGCGACUCUAGCGAGGUUCAGACGCGACAGCCGCGCUGCUGUAUGCGCAACAAGAACUACCUGGAGGAACUGCUCAAAGCCAACCGAUUUGUUCUGAAUCCUGACAGCAAGGCUGUGCGCUAUCUCAAUCGCCUUACGUGCUUCCUUGCCUUCCUUACAUCCUUCACAAUCAUGUUUCAGGCUGCCUUUCAAGUACAGAGUGAUGGUAUUCUCGUCUUCAGCUACAUUUGUGAGGCCAUAUUCAUCUUGGAGAUAUACGUCAAAUUUCAUGUGAGUUGUGCCGACGAGUACGGCGAACUUGAGACAGACUUUAACAAGGUCUACAUGAUCUACUUCAAGAAGCUGAGCGGCUUCUUGCUCGAUCUGGCUGCCGCUCUCCCACUAGACCUCAUCGCGUUGUGCUUCACCAACGAAGAGGGGGAGCUGAAACGCUUCAAGGCACUCACGCUUCUUAGGAUUAUUCACCUCUUGAGGCUUGUCCGGGUGACGCAGUUCUUCGACGCCUGGGAGAAGGAGCUCAACAUCAACGUGCUCCAAGUUCGUCUGACCAAGUUCUUUGGCCAGUUGUUGAUCGUCAUUCAUUUGUUCGCUUGUCUUUGGUACUUCCUAGCCUGUCCACUCGGCACAUGCAACGAAGGCACGUGGGCUGAUGCAGAAUUGUACAAAGAGAAGGAUGCUGAUUGGCUAACUCGCUACGGAGACAGUUUCUAUUGGUGCGCAGCGACCCUGACGUCCACUGGCUACGGAGACUUCCACGCUCAUAGCCUCUUGGAAAUGAUCUUUGCAAGUCUCGUCAUGGUGAUCGGACAGUUGCUCUUUGGUUCCAUCCUCGGUAACAUCGCCUCCACCCUCGCCAACGAAGAAUCCGGCCGAGUUGCUUACGAGCAGAGAUUGUCUGCUGUCAAGGUUCAAAUGAAAGACAUGAGGCUGAACAGCAAGCUGAGGAAUCGCGUCGUGAGCUACUUUGACUAUCUCUGGAUGCGCAAUAAGGGAAUCGAUCAACACACUUUAUUCAAGGAUGCUCCGUUCUGCCUACAGACAGAGAUAGGACUUGCCGUCAACGAAUCGAACCUCAAAAAGGUGUCAUUGUUUGAGGAUGCAGAGCCAAGUUUCUUCCGAUCCCUUUCUCUGAUGCUGCGUCCGGUUCUCUUCAUGCCCAACGAUUACAUCGUUCGUCAGGGAGAUGUGGGUGAUGAAAUGUACUUCAUUCAUAGGGGAACGGUUGAACUGAUGGAUGAAAACCACCAAUCACAAGUAGACCGAGUCAUCGGCGCUGGCGAAUUCAUCGACGAUAUCAACCUCCUCUACGAUGUCCCCCGACGUACCUCAGUCCGCGCCCGGACCCAUGUAGACCUCCACGCCCUGUCCGUGGGCGACCUCAAAGCCGUGCUAGAACAAUUCCCAGACGUGGAGGCCAAUAUUCGACGCAUAGGGCACGCCUUGUAUGGCCAGUAUGCAGCCAGCGUCAAUGCACAGGACCACUUCCCUCCGAAACAGACCGUCGUUUAACCCUUACCCCCGCUGGUCCUUCAGAAAUCCACCGGUAAGUUUCUGGGAACUUGCGGAGCAAGGUUUCGGUAAAAAUCCUCGGUGGACGAUUUUGGAGGAUUCGGAAGAAACUUAAAACGUCUGGAAAAUUAGGGUUGAUGAAUGUAAUUUUUAUCUCCUACAGCAUUAGUAGAUUUCUUGAAAUUAAUGAAAAAGCUAAAAAAAAAGCCGGAUCAUAUGGAUUCCACUGAGAGACAGUAGAGGGCGCUUUGUCAACGCAGUUGAGAACCUUAGUAAGAGGGGGACACUGCGAGUGCGUACUGGUGUGUACGUGUUCUACAUAGCCUCCCGAGGACCGACACACACACAGAGAGAACAAAAGAUCCUUUCAGUCCUCGGGAGUUGGGUCUUUUGUUGGAAACGUCCUCUGUAAUAAGUUUGUGUGCUUAGUUUAUGGGAGAGUGUUGUAAUACAGGGAUAAAAGGAAACACAAAGCAUUGUCCUUGGGAGUAUAGUAAAACGAGAGUGUAUGCACGUGUAUGGCGUGAAGUACGCUCAACUCAUAUUCACAAUGCGCCCCAAUCCGUUGUGUCUUCACAUGGGCGUCGGGCGUCGUCGGGGAUGCGUUUGAAUGUCUCUCCCAGUGGUCUCCCCCAACUCUCCCUUUCUUACCGUUGAGGGGGUACUUGUGCGUGCAGUCCAUAGAUUUUGUAAUCAUUCAUUCUGUAUCUCUCACGUUUGUCAUUCUAAAAAGUUCUUCGCGUUUGUUUGAAAACAUUUUGGGAAAUGAAGACGUUUAUUAGUCUGAAGAUCAUUGAGACAUUAUCCCUCCUAUGGAAACAAAUAUUCUGUGCCAAGUUGUCAUUUCAGCCAAAAUCAGUCAAGUGACUGUUGUCAACAGUUAAGAUCUCCCAGUCUACAUAGAGCAGGAUUGACUGGCUGUGACUGUUUAUGUAACUCGAUACAGCUAUGCUUUGACUGUAGAAGAGUGAUAAGCCAGCUAUGUCUGACACUCGCCUGCUUUUGUCGGUUGACUGAAUUUUGACUAGUCACAGUGUUUGCUUGAAAUAUGAUGUGACUGUUGGUGACUAGCCUGUGCAAAAGGCAUGACAGGGGAAGAGGAUUGAUUUUUGACUGUCUGUGACUGUUCAGACAGCAGGAGGGUUAAAAUGUUCAGUGAAUUAAAAAUGAUAAAUUGAAGUUUCUAGACGUAAAGUCUUAAUAAUUAAAAAAAGAAAACUAAUAAUAUACUUCCAAAUAAUAUUCCCCGCUUUAAAAGUUUAAAAAACCUAAGUUAUUUUCAAAUUCAAAAAGUUGAAAUAAGACUUAUAAUUACUAAAAUUUGAUCAUUAAAAUAUUUCCAAUGUUAAUUCAAAUAUUGAAUCUCGUGCACUGUACAGUUUGGAUUUUCUUAUAGCCACUUAUAUUCUUCAACAGUUGAAGGCGCCCCAUUCACCCAAAAAUUUGGGCUUUUUGACUGUAUUAUUAUAAAAUCGCUCACUUUAUACAGCAUUGAUGUUCUAUGCAUUCUUCAUGCAAACAUUUCGUAUUAAAACACAUUGACUUGUUAACAGUUUGUAAUGAAGCGGACGUUUAGUGGCAGCACGGACAUUUUGUUUUUGGUGCAGAGUAAAUGUUACAAAUUGGAUAGAGGUUUGUAUUUAGAAUUCUAGAAACAUUAGGGAAAGACUACUACAAGUUGGUUCUAGAGUUUACAAUAGUCUGUUCAUUUUAUUUGUGCAUUUGGUCCACAAAAAGGGCCUGAGUUAGCUGUUCAGUGGUAUUACAAGGCGAUCCUAUAUGAUAGCACUGCCCAUCUCACAAGCGAAAGUUAGUUGGUCAGGCAGCCGGAUAUUAAGAUGACUCUAUCCGGCCCACUCGGACCAGCACAUAAACAAACAAAAUGCAGUGUUUCAUUUUUUUAUCAGAAACUGUCAAAUACAGAUUGAAUUUUGCCUUAAGCAUUGCAUUCGACAAUUUCUGUGUAAAACAAAGGACCCAAAAGUUUUAGAUGACUGUGUUAUUAGAGAUCUUUCUCUGAUAUUUAUUCAAUCUGAAUUUUAAUGAUUUUUUGUGUGUUGGUUUUAGUAAUAGUUGCCUAGGUGUGUACAUUAUUUCAUGUCGUUGUUAUAAAAAUUAUUAACAUGAAGCAUUUGACUCCUAUUCGUAUUUUCAGCAUUUUAGUUGUACACUAUUGUAAAUAGAAAAUAAUAAUAUAUUGAAAACAUAUUUCAGCAUUUAAAUCUUCCUUAAAUAUUUACAUAUACUGAAUAUUACAUUCGUAUAUUUACUUUGAAAUUUGUUUAUUAAAAUUGUCUAGAGAUUUUUCUAUCGUUUUCCUGCCUGCUAAUGGUUGCUGAAAUCUCUCUUUCUUGACUAUUAUAAGUGUAAUACGACCUUUCCACGAAAACGCUUUGAAUUGAAAGUGACAGUAUUAUUAGACGCACACGCAAAACAAUACAACAGACUGAUCUGUGAGGCUCCGCCCAUCGUGCACGUCGGCAACACGUGAACAACACGUGAACCACGCGUGCACAAAACGUACACCUAUCCAAUGCCGCAUUGCGUGCUCCAGACGCGCUGCGUGAUGUGCACGCAACGCCAGACCUGAAUCACGGACGUGAUUGGUCAAAAUUCCUGGGCGCCUCUUCGUGGAUCGGUCGAUUCGGACUUCUGCGCUGUAUAAGUGACAAAUUGAAUAAUCACCAAGUUCUAUUGACAUGGUUUAAGUUGUGAACUCACAGCCUAUGCAGUUGAUAAUGAGAAGUACAUGUACGUAGAGUCUGAUUAUUUAUCAUUUUGUUCUGUAUAUAAUUAGUUCAGCAAAUAAUAAUUUCUAGAGAAUCUGUGAUUUUAAGGAAGCGUUUUUCUCUAGGUAAGAAUCUUCUUAGAGCACAUAGUUCGCACGGUUUCUAAAAUUAACAAUUUUAUACCUUUCAGAUAAAAAAAACCCGUCUUCAUGACUUUGCUGUGGUUUGUACACGACAUAUAGGUAUUGCUAUCUUUUAUGUGCUGGGAAAUGUGUUGACGAUUCCAAAAAAAUUAAUAGUAGCCAACAGUACCAGAUUGAAAUAUAAUUUUUUUUUUAAUAGCAUUGAAUAUUCGAAAUCAAUGGUAGAUUAGCAGAGUUUUAUUAUCUGUACAUUGUGAAUCAUAUAUUAUUAUUGUAUACUUCAAAGUUUGAAAUUUUAUUUGUACUUGAUUUUGUUAUUGGGAUACGUUUUUGUUUCAUUUUAUUUAUUUAUCCAUUUAGUUAUUUAUUAUUGUUUUGGUAUAUUGAUGUUCUCUUUCAUGCCUAACAAAGGAAUAUGUACCGAUGCAUAUGCAUUGCGAGUAAGCGCACAUUUUUUCUACGGUUUUAAGCUUUGUGAACAACAUAAACUACUCUUGUUAUCACUGACUUCUAUGCUAGUGCGCUUUGAAGCAAUGGACUCGCCACUUUGGUUCCCCAAAAACGUCACGUCAGGACUAGGCUAAGCCUACAUGUUUCAUGUGGGCCUUUCAUCAUUCUGUGGCGGAGAUUUGUUCUUGCAACAAUUCCUUCCCCCAAAAUCGAAAACAAAAACAAAAAGAACUCUUUAAGUGUUAGUCAAUUGGAGCAGGAACCUUUGAAUCUGAAAACCGAAUCGGAAUAUAUAUUUCUUUUGUUUGUUGCCGCCUGUUGAGAAAACAAACAAACAAACAAACACAAACUGCGUUUACUGCGCGUGCGUCAUUGGUGUCCCAAGAUGGCGAACAUCGGCUUCAAUGCGGCUGCUUCAAACUUUUCAACCAGUCCCGUUAUAAGAAGUCGGUGGUUGCAACUGAUUCAAAGAUAAUCACGUGGGUAUCUUUAACCAAGCGGUAAAAUGACGUCACGACGGCAGUAUUGUAUGUGUAGUUUUGAACUUGACUCACGUUCAUAGUAAUCACUCUUUUUAACCAGCAGAUACUUAACUGUAGAAAACGCCUAUGUAGUUUGUAACACUUUUCAUUCGAUGUCCCCGUUGAUAAGUCUUGCAUUAGCAAUUGGAAUGUGACGAUUUAUUUAUGUAAUUAUUUAUUUUUAUUUUGGUGACUUUCGUUUUUCAAUACUCUUAAUAGUUUGGGUUUUUUUUUUGUUCGAAUGAGCUCCAAGUUUCCUGUGUUUUCAACAUCGAUUCUAGUCUGUUAUGCUCUAUACUGUAGCUCAUAGCGUCGCUUGGCUCGUGCCAUUCCUUACCCGUUGUGAUUUGCCAAUUCUGGGCCGACUGCCCGGUCACGCGUUCAUUCUAGCUCUACUUGUCUGAACUUAGAUGUGUCCAUCAUUAUCUUUUUUUCCCCCAGUUACGAACAAAAAGUUGCAAUAAAAAUGGUUUUCACGUUUCCUAAAUAAACCAGGUUGUUCUUUA